UUCCAGAUGAGGUGACAUAGCACCUUUGCUUUGUGGAGAUGCAACCUGAAGCUGAAUAGGUUCUGUCAGCUGGAGAGAUGACAGUGUAUUGUGAGCAAGAGGACAUGACAGGAGCGAGAAGUUCUAAGAGUGCAAGAUUGGUGUUGAGUUGUGAAUGGGCCUCAGAGGUAGAAAUUUUGGGAGUCCAGUGGUGGACUCGAUGCCUGCUGCUUCUGUGUCUAACUGCAGCCAAUUUUAGCAGCAUGGUAAUUAACCCAGUAGAGAAUUGUCUGAUUGUGAGAGCUUAUAACAGUGGUUGGCAAAUUUGUCUAUAAAAGGACAGAUGGUCAAAUUUUAGGCUUAGAGCAAGGGGACAAGUGGUAAGAAGUGACCUCUGAGAGGUGUGGAGGCUCCUAACUGUGUAAGGACCUUGCAGGCUUUAAUAGGAGUUUGGAUUUUUUUGUUAUUGUUUAUAGAAGGGAUGCCAUAUGAUUUUAAUAAGGAAGGAGUAAGGCACGUAGACUCUGGAGCCAGACAGCACCACUUAACUAGCAAUGAGACCUGGGUAAAUUAUUUAAACUUUCUUUACCUCAGAUUUCUCUUAAGGAAAAUGGGAAUAAUAAUAGAGCUUCCCUGUGGGGUUGUCAGGAAUACUACAUGAGUUAACACACAUCAAGUGCUUAGAACAUUGCCCGGAAGAGUAAGCAGUAAAAUCUCAUAGAUAUUAUCUGUACCUUGUGGUAUAUUCCAAAUUUUCUAUAGUGAAACUACAUUUAAUGAAAAAUUAUAUAUAUAAACUAUAAAACAAAAGUGUUAGAAAUACAGUGAGAGUCUAAGAAAUACUAUUAGAGUUAAGAAACUUUAAUUUGCUAUUCUCAUUUUGUGAGAGUUCAAGUACCUGUACUUUGGUGUUCUUUGCAAGACGUAACUUAGCUAUCCAUGAAUCAGGGACUGGUUAAAUGAAUCAUGGCCUAUCUGCAUGAUAGGAAACUAAGAAGUUGUUAAAGUGACUGUGGUGUAUCUAAAGGUAUUGGUUUGGAAAGACUCCCGUUGUUGAUUACUUGUGCCUGUUUUUGAGCUUUAGAUCAGUUGAAUCAUAUAUUAUAUUCUCUUGUGUGUCUAGCUUUUACUCAGCGUUCUAGUGAUGAGAUUCAUCCUCGUGUGUAGCAAUAGCUAGUUUAUUCUUAUUGCUGUGUAGUCUUCCUUUGCCUCAAAAUAUCAGUUUAAUUGUUUAUAGCUUGAAUUAGUCUUAUAAUGAGAAAAAAUAUACACAUAGUCUAGAAAAGUAAAAUUUGGUCGAAGUUAUAGCUCAAAUUGGAGGUAUUUUAUAGCUUAAAAAUUUCCAAUAUUAGCCUGCAUAUAUCUAACUUGAAAGUUAAUUCUCCCUUCAUUCAGACUGUCAUUACUGCUCUGGCUCAGGUGGAUAAAGGAAACCAGUGUUCUCAUUAAUGCACCCCUUUCGGUACUGUGAGGCCAGGGUUCAAAUCCCUACUACAAGAUAGAAUAUGAUUGCAUCACACUCCGUGUCUUUUUCUAGUUACAGAGUUAAAUGACUCGGAACCAUAACCAAGCCUACAUAAUUCCAGAAGAUUUUUUGGCUUAUAUUUAUUUAGGUUUAAUAUAAAAUGAACUGCUGAAGCAAUCAUAAUCUUAGCACUGCAGUGACUGUAGAGAUCAUGUUAGUUUUCACCUGGAUUUUGAGUGGUCUGCCCAACCCACGGUAUGGUGGGGGCCCAAGCUAGAACAGACUCCUCACUCACGUUUGGAGGUCUGCUGCCUCCCUAAGUAAAAAGCCUGUGGAGAGUCCUUUACAGAAGCUAUCAGGAACCCUGUUUUCUUGUUUCAGCAUUUACUCUGUACCCUUUAAAUCGUAAAGCAUUCACUUCACGAUUUGGAACCGUGUUUGAUCUUGAAACCUAUUCCUAGGUGUGGGCAAUAUAGCCCUUUAAUUUUUAAAGGUUAAUUCUAAGUCACAAAUGGAAAUUUUCUCGUUUUGUCACUUCCUAAAAUUCAACGAGGACUCCAGUUCAUUUUGAGUUGGCACUGUGAGAAGAUAGCCAUGCUAAGUUUAUUAAGGUAGUGUGUAAAGUAACUUUUUUAUGCAUUACUUUUCAGGAGUAGAAGGUUUACCAGUCAUAGGUGACCAAGCAAUUUUACAAAUAAACCCUCCAGCAAGUUUAACAUUAAUUAAACUCAGAGGAAGUGAAGUUGCUUCUAUUGCACAAAGAUGUCUAGCUGCUCCAGUGACGUCGAUGUGGUAAGAACUCGAAUAUCUGCUUGUGAUGAUGAUAACAACAGUGUUCUUUAUGCAUUUGAACCAAAUACUACAUGUGUUAAUGAUCAGGAAAGUGCCCAGUCUGAGGCAUCCUUCGUCGAAGAGCAACCAAAUACAAUUCAGGAUGUUCUGACUCAUUGCCAGGACAUCCACACUGCUGUUCAAAACCUGGAUAAGAAGUUUGAUAUCAUUAAUGGAAAGGUUUCAAAAAUUCACCGUGCUCGUGUGAAAUCAUUGUGGCAAAUUCGUAAGCCACUUGGAUAUGCAUACAAAAAAUAUAAUUACCAGAUUUCUAGAAAGACGAGAGUGCAGAAAACGAAGAAGAAGGAGCUUUCUGCUUCUCCUUCUUCAGCGUCUUAUCCUAUAAGUUACAGCCCAACUUCACCAGUAGCAAGGCCACAAAAUUCCCAGAUCAACGAUAUAGGAUCACCUUACCAGUCAGAGGGUUCCCCAGACCGGGACCGGGAAUCAUUGUACCAGGAUCAGGAGCUGAGCCUCAGCCAGAGUCCAUCGAUUCCGUCUGUCUUCACAAAUUCAUAUCAGUCGUAUUAUUCACCCAAUGAGACAACGCAGAGCUGCCCUAACCUGCCCUGCUUUUCCAGCCCAGGGGCUCAAAGCACCAGCAGUCUCUUAUCUGCCCAGCCUUCCAUAACAAUGUCUGCACCCGCGCUGGACCACGACAUACCCAGUCCAGCUCAAGACCCUGAGAUGAUGGCUUACCCAUCUUUGCUGGAAGAUAAGAGCCUUGACCAUACUCCUCCCCCAUCUUUCUGCGACCCUACUGGCUUCAGUGAGUGUGGUAUGACACAUAUCACAAGUCUCACUGUUUAACCUAAAUUCCACAACAUCCUUGGUGCAAGCUAGUGGAAGCCUUUCGUUUCAUAUUUUGAGGACUGGUUUGGGUGAUAUUCAUAAUAAUGCCAUAUUUAUUGAGUGUCCCAGACACUGUGUUAAUCAACUGAUAUCACCCUUCUCCACUAAUACUCAUAAUGAUCCCAUUGUGAGUUUUUAGCCUUGUUUUCUUUACCGUUUCCCUGAGUAAAUACUCAAAAUGUCCCUAAAAUGGCCAGAACCCAGAUGAUGGGAAAGAAGAGGUACACCUGUGUCUACUUCACACAAAAAAAGAUUAAACUUGAGUUGACAGUCCUUGGUGAGAGACACAAAUCUGCCUAGCGAAUUACAAAAUCCACCUCUUAUCACACACUAACUUUGGGGAGCUGCGUGCUCUGGUUGAGUAAGCAAAAACUUGUCUAGACACAAAGAAAUUUCAGUGCAACUUAGUGAACAGCACAGCCAAAACUAUUUGAGGUCUGAGCACUUAAAUUGUUUCAUGGCUCAGUUAUGUCUUUUUUCAACAUAUAACCCUUCAGCCAAAAUAUCUAUUACUAGCAAUUAAACUUGAGAGAGGUAUUGAAUAUAAUGUUAAUGUUACUUCUAACUUAGCUAAGCAGAAAAUAAUCUUGUUUUCUUCAAAAUUCAGAUAAGCAUUUAAGUUUUAAGAGAGAAAUUUAAAGAGUAAUGCUGAAAAUGUCCAUAUUGAAUUCAUGAGA